GAAACCAAACGGUUAAACUUGAGAGGACAGACAAAGUGUUAAACCGUAGCUGGUCACAAACUUUCGGCAGCCCUAAUAACCUAUUAACGGUGCGGUUUAUUCCAGUUAGCGACAGUUUGACUAUACCCGUGGCCGGUUGGUUAACAGAGGUAGACGUGUCGCUAAAUUUAAUGAAGCAGCAGGCAGCAGCCCAGGGGAUUGCCCUUAGAAGUGAAGCAGUAAGCUAGCUAGCUUACACGCGGCAAGGGAAACGUUUAUCUAGAUAUUACAUCUAGUCUCCAUAAUUUACAGUAAGACGUGAGUUUAGGAUCCCAUCUAGUCUGUGUGAGUACUGCCCCUCCACCCAAGGCCUCCGUGUGGAUGGGGAAAUAGCUAGUAAGUGGAACCGAAGGGGUAACCAGACAGCAGUCCUGUUAAACAUGGAGGAUGAAGAGGUUGCAGAGAGCUGGGAAGAAGCAGCAGACAGCGGGGAAAUAGAGAGAAGACUUGAGGCAAAGUUGAAAAUAAAUCAGGAGGCAAAGAAAUCCAGCUUGGGCUCAGCUGGCUCACCUGUUCGUACUGCUAUUGUAAUCCAGGAUGACUCUCUGCCUGCAGCCCCGCCACCACAAAUCAGAAUUUUGAAACGUCCUUCAAAUAAUGGUACAGCAGGAAACGCUGCAUCCUCAACUCGUCCUCAGCAGAUGAAAUCUUUGGCCCAACGAGAGGCAGAGUAUGCUGAAGCCCGGCGAAGGAUUUUGGGUAGUGCUUCUUCGGAUGAAAUGCCUCAGGACAAUCCAAGUCAGGACAGGCCAGCUCGUUUGAGCUCUCAACAACCAUCAGAACAUGUUCGUCCAAACAAUCACGUGAUCCGGCAGCCCACUGGCCCAGAUGGCACCUCAGGCUUCCGACUCGGCAGAUAAAGAGAAGCUCCCUGAGGCAAGAAAUCCACCAUCUUUUUAAGAGGACAUAAAGGGUACCAUUAAAGGAGAUGUAAGUUGUAUAAAGAGUAGAGCAGAGGGAGACAUAAAUAUUGGACAGAUAUUAGAAAUAUGAGGACAUGGCAUGAAUUGAAAGAACGUCUCCACCCUCUCUUUUACUCUGUGUACUGUCAUGGUCUUGGCCUUUCACACAGUCUUAUUCUCCUGUGGAACUUUACAAGGGGCCGGUAGAGAUCAGCCACAAGAUCUGACCCCCCCACCCCAUCUGUUCCACACUGUGAACAGGCUUUGGCCUCACAUUCCUACACACUGUGAUACUUUGAUGUACCAUGAGGUGCCCUAUGAUUUUUAGCAUGAUUGGCCGGCCAAGGGCCAUGGCCUCAGGUGUCUGUCUCCUCAGGGAGAAUAAGGGGAGCUUGUGAUUCGUGGGGUCACCCCUGAUCAUAGCAAACUUCAUGAGUGGGCCUUUCCAUGGAUGGAGCGUGGAUCACGGCUGGGUGUGCACCGGGGAGCUGGCCGCAGUUUGCCAGGUUCCGUGGAAAUGAAGUGCUUGACAGUGCAGAGUUGCUGUGUGCUUACCAGCUUCAGUGCAAAGUGUUAGGAGGUCGAACAAUUGCACUGUGCUUCAAAGCAUGUUGUAAUGCUGAAGUUGCAAAGCAACGGUCGAGGCAUAGAGCAGCACUUUCUGCCUGGUGGGCACACAGCCUGUGGCCAAAGAUAACAGAUAACAAGGAGAGAAUGUCAAAAUCUUUUAUUCAAGCAAUAAAAACGCAUUUUACUCCCUUAAUUAUUUUAUACAUGUUGCCUAAAUACUUGUGCUGUAUUUUGUUUCAAAUGUACUUUUGUUUUUAAGUUUACAUUUUCAUGUUUGUGAUUUUUUUUCUGUAUUUAAGUCAGAUGAUCAGUAGUGAAUCAGAGAUUAGAUGUAGCCUGCAUAGCAUUUGGUAGUGUUACAUGAAAUUUCUAUCAAAUUGAAAUAAGCCUGAUUUAUCAGGAAUAGAAAAUCUAAAGCUUCUGUGUUUUUUGAUCAAAUUAGCUAAGUUGGAACUUCUCUUACAGCCAGCUGUGCUGCCAAUGGCCAGGGAAGACGACUGAGCUGUUUUUGCACCCAGUGCUGUUUAAAAGCGUUGACUUCCUUGAAAGUAACUUCUAGAUGCUCAACAUAGAGGAUGGUUUUGUCACAUGACAGCUGCUUUGCUUUGGAAGAUGUACAGUGCUUAACAAAUUUAUUAGACCACCCUAACGCUAACCAAAGUAAGGUUUAUGCCACAGCUGCCCUAAAUUAACAGCA